AUGCUUGUACAGAUAAUAAAAAAAUUUAUAGAGUUUUUUUUGGAAUUUCAGAUGGAAUGGUUAAUCAGAAAUGGAGGUGAUGCUGAAAAAGUUCCAAAAUAUGAUUGCGGUACAUCAGACAGAAGCGCUGGAGCUAAAGACAGUGUAAUCGGUACGGCUUUUAUCGCUUAUGGAGUGGUUGCUGAGUUGAUCUACAUACUAGACCUGAUGGUUAUGACAAAAAAACAGCAUCGUAAAUUAUCCUGCUACAAAAUAAUGAUAGCAUUAGGAAUUUACGAUAUGGCUGCUAUAGCAAUCAAUUCAUUACUUACAGGAUAUUUUUGGUUAAAAGGUUCAAAUUAUUGCACUAAUCCAACAUUUAUGUUUGUUGUCGGUGCUAUUGGACUUGGUACGUAUGCAUUUGUUCAGGAUGCAUUCAUUUUGUUGUGA